AUGGCCAGUCUGUCGUCCAACUGGAAAAAGCUCCAGGCAAAGCUCAAGGCCGAAUCACAGUCCAAGCCCAUUGCGAAGCGCAAGGCAGACGACGACUCACAAUCCUCGGCACCGGCCAAGGCAAAGAAGUUAAAGAGCAGCAGCAACAGCAGCGACGGCAAGCCCGGCACAGUCACAAAAAAGGGCCCGCGGGAAUCUGUACCCAAAAAGUUAAACGGCAUCGGCGGCCAGAUGGGUGCCGCUCAGAGCACGCUCGCCAAGGGUGACCAGAAGCACGGCGUGAGCCCCUCGGCCGCUCUCUGGGGGGCCGCGAACGGCAUCUCCCCCGAGGCCCUUGCCGAGGCCUACCAGCUCGGCGCGCGGGACAGCUCCAUGAUGCUGUCGACGCAAAACGACAAGAUCAACCAGGGCCUCGCGCCGGGCCUCGAGCUGGGCAAGUACCUGGCCCUGGACUGCGAGAUGGUCGGCGUCGGCCCGGGCGGCCACGAGUCGGCGCUCGCGCGCGUCAGCGUCGUCGACUUCCACGGGCGGCAGGUCUACGACUCGUAUGUGCGGCCGCAGGAAAAGGUGACGGACUGGCGCACGCCCGUGAGCGGCAUCGCGCCGCGCGACAUGCGCUUCGCGCGCGCCUUUGCCGACGUGCAGAAGGAGGUGGCCGGCUUGCUCGACGGCCGCAUCCUCGUCGGCCACGACGUGCGGCACGACCUCGAGGCGCUCCGGCUGAGCCACCCGCCGCGCGACGUCCGCGACACGGCCAAGCACGCCGCGUUCAAGCGCCACGCCAACGGACGCAGGCCCGCGCUGCGCAUCCUCGCGCAGACGCUGCUCAGCGUCGAGAUCCAGGGCGGCGCGCACUCGAGCCUCGAGGACGCGCGCGUCACGAUGCUGCUGUUUCGACGGCACAAGUCCGAGUUUGACGUGGAUCACGCCAAUCGCUACGUGCCCAGGCCGGUGGCGAUGCCGGGCGGCGCAAAUACAAAAAAGGCGAAGAAGAAGAAGCGGUAG